AUGGGGUAUUACAUCCUCUACUCAACACUCUUCCUCUUCCUCGCCAUCGCCACCGCAGCCAUCCUCACCCGCUCUUCCUGGCUCCCCCUCCUCACCUCCCUCCCCACGCCCCGCUACAUCCCCCUCCCCUCUUUCCUCUCGGACGCCGAAUCCGGCCUCAGCAGUUCCACCUUCGACCUCAGCGCCAACAUCAAUUCUCUCGACAGCCGGUCUGGGCUCGACGACGCAGCGAAAACAGAGAUAAUGGGGAUUAUGCGGGGGACGUGGUGGAGGAGGGGGAUGGGGUUCGAUGAGGCGAGACGGGUGUAUAUGGAGCGGAUGUUGGAACGGGAGGGGAUUGGGAGGGAUGGGAGGCCGAGGGAUCCGAAGUUUGUUAGUUUUUCGUGA